UCGGGGUCAAAAGUGCAGACCUUGCAUCGCGUUGAAAUAUAAUCAGAAAUGAUUCAAGUUAUGUUUGCUAAUCUACGGAUUAUUUGACGGGAAUCGAAUGACCACAACUCAUACAUUGCUACAAGUGAAAAAUCUAAACUUUUGUGUGUGCACUUAAUGACAUAUUUUGUGUGCAAUAUUCUGUCUCGAACCAGCAGACCUGUGCUUCAUCUCAGUCAGUGUGACUUGGCCCUGUGUUGAUCUUGUCUGGUUAAUGAUAGAACGACUACAGAUCCAGGAAGUGCACGGUUAAGAAAUCAUGCGACAUACUCAGACUAGGGAAGAAGAGAAGAGAUGAGUCAUCAGAAAGUGGAUGUGAUUACCUGGACUUGUUAGCCCAUUAUGAGGAAUUAAUCAGAUCUCUGUUGACCAUUGCUGAUUGAUUUCUGUAUAUACACGUCUACAUGAUGGUGGGCCUGGAAAACAGAACAUAGGCUGUCCAUGAAUCUCCUGUGUCUGUCGCUGUUUGCACCAUCGGGUGCAGCGGGAACUGCCUUCCUACGUCUAUAUGCACAAUUGGAGUGAGGUGACAGAAACAUGAAUGUCAUCCAGUUUCUUCAAAGCCGUGAGCAUGGAUGUUCCAAGAGGAAGUCCAAAGCUAGUGGGGGUGAAAACCUGGGGACGCUGGUGGAGGACCGGACAUCUACACUCACCAAGAACCAGGCUUGUGAGCUGUCAGGAUUACCUCGAGCUACUUUCCUCAUGGACUUUAGUCCGGAUGGCACAAAAGUGGCCUCUACUCAUGGUGAUCAUACAGUGCGUGUGACAGACAUCACAUCUGGGAAGUGUACACACGUGCUCACCGGCCAUCCCAGGACCCCUUGGUGUGUAGCCUUCCACCCCUCCUCCAAUGAGAUCCUGGCAUCAGGCUGUCUUGGGGGAGAGGUCCGAAUCUGGGACUUGCAUGGAGGGGGCAGUGAGGUAUGGCAUUCCCCCACCAAUGGGGUGAUAGCAUCACUGGCAUUCCACCCCAUGGACCAUGUGCUGGUGUUUGCUACUGGCAACACUGUGUACUUCUGGGACUGGAGCCAGCCAGAACCAUUUGCAUUCUCCAGGACAAACUAUGAAUUUGAAAGGAUAAGAUGGCUUCGGUUUGAUCCUCUCGGCCACUACCUGUAUACAGGCAUCGCAAACAACACCACUGUUCACCGGGAGGAACCAGGCAAUGUCCUGCACAUCAAUGAAACAAAUGGUCCACAUCCCAAUAGACUUCAGCAAUAUGCCAACAGGAGGCGGUAUCAGCAGGUUAUUCAGCGUUUCCAUGACUACCAGCAGGAAAGGCUACGUAAUGCCCACAGGGGCGAUGAAGAAAGCAGCAUGGAUGUUGACAGCUCCAAUGGGAGCUCCAAUUCUUCUUCUUCCACAGAGAGCAGCUCCUUACUAGGGAGACACUAUUCCUCACAGGUUGAGCAGAGACUCCGGCGAGCAGGAAACUAUGCCUCCUCCAUCACAGAAACCACCAGGCAUGCUCGGGACAUUGUAUCCAGCAUUUCCAGUCGACGACGGAAUAACCCCUAUCCCCUUCAUGAGCUGCGUAGGUUCACAACAAUGCAUAGUCUGCAGCCUGGGACAUGGAGUCCUCCACCCAGGGUAUGGCCUUCAGUUGAAGAGGAGGAUAUGGGAACAGCAGGGUCAACAACUCCUCCACAGCUGUCUGAGAUGGCUGAAGUUGGUGCUCAACGGCCCUUGUUAGUGCGACCUACUACUAGUGCUAGUGCUGUUCGUCCUCCGUUAUUCCCACAUGAUUACUCCCAAGAUAGCAGUGCCAUGUCUGUGAACUCUAUAAGAAACUCUGGUGGUAGUAACUGGAUGAAUCUGAGAAGGAUUGGUUCUUCAGAUUCUACCCUCCUACGUCUGGAGCUGGCUCUCGAACAGAGUUUUGGUGCUAAUCUGAGAUCUGGUCUAAGAUUUGAACACUUAUCUUCAAGCUCCUUAAGACCAGUCUCAGGACCUAAUAGUAUUGUGUCUUCCCCUUAUGUGUCUUCUUUAAACAGACUUCGCUCAAGACCUUCUGGCAGUGCGUUCCGUGAAGUCCCUCGCACAAGCCGAAUGACUGAGACAAACACUACCCCUUCCUCAUACUCUUCUUCCCAUCCCCCUUGUGCAAUAUGUAGAACUCUGAACCCCAGCAUAGCGAACAGCAACAGCCAACCAGUAACAACUACUAGUUCUUCUACAACAGGUCAUCAGACAACCUGGUCCUUGCCUACUGUAGUGCCGACCUCAGCAGGACUUGCCAUUCCCAGAAGUAGGCCCAGUGUGGCCUCCACUAGUAGGCUGCUUAAUAUGAUGAUGUUUCAACACAAUCGCAACUCAUCUGAAUCCACUGCCGAUCAAACUUCUCAGUCUUCUCGUAACUCAAAUUCUCGCAGCCAGGAGAGGACUCCCACGACAGAUGGCACUAGUCAGACCAGCGGAACCAUGGAGCUUCCUGAGUGUUCUGACCAGGGCACAGAUGUCAUUGGUCUCAGUGAAGAUGCUCGGAGAUCAGUUGAUUCUACAGGAAUAGAGGACUCGCCACAUGAAGAGGAUGAAGCUAUGACUGAGCAGGACUCUGUGAUGGAAAGUGUAGAAGGUUUAGUGGAGGAUGAGUCUGACCAGGCUGCUGGUGCAGAGUCACCUGGUGGAGCUGCAGGACAUGAUGACAUAGGAAAUGUAUUGGAAGAUAGUGAUCAUAACAACAACCCGUCUCAAACCACUUCAAGUGUUCUUUCUAGAAUCACUCGCGACCUUCCUGCAGAUGGUUCUCGGCGAGAAGAUUUAACCUCCCUCACAAUAAGAUUAGAAAGACAAGUGACGGAACUGGAUCGUAGGAUCACUGCCUUGAGGGAGAGGUUCACGGAAAGACUGCGAGCUUUGCAUCAAGAUCGGGACAGAAUUCUCAACCUUCGAGGUAGAAUCUCCAACCAGUCUUCUCCUGAAGGUACAGAGUCAACACCAACAGUGACAUCAGGGCAGGCGUCACAGCAUGUUCCUCUCAUCACCAUCACCAGGCCACGAGACCAGGGAGAUUUUUCUCACACACCAUCUGCCUAUAACAACUCUACACCAGCUCGAGGAAGUGGCCAAAACACACACCUUCUUGAGAUGUUCCUGAGAGGAGACAGCCAGCAAUCUACUGUCACUCAACCCCCACUACCACCUCCAAGUGUUUCAAGUGUUCGUGUGACUCCAUCACGAGAGGAUGCUUACCAGGAAGACCGGAGCUGGCAUGCCCUGCAACAACGCCACCUACACCCUCACUACUCGGUCAGCAUCUUGGAUGACACCCUCAACAGACCAAAUGAUGCCCUUCAUGCUGCCAUCAACAGAGCCAUAGCAGGAGCUUUCAUGGGAACAGGGGAGCCUGCAGUGGCAAGUAACAUCAUCCCACAGACACAUCGCAUACAGCGGUGGGACUUCACCAAGUGUGAGAUCCCUGACAUUAGUCAGUCGAAAGCCAACAUAGUGGUGCCUCACUGCAAGCUUCAUAAUGAUGCCAGUUGUGAUAUAUCUCAGGAUGCUACCUUCCUUGCAACCUUCGUCCCCAGUCACCGGUUUCCUGAUGACAACAUCCUGGCUGUCUUCUCAUUGCAUCCUGACUCCUUUGCUCAAUGUCUUUUUACUAAAAGUUUUGGGCCCAAUGCUAUAUCUGUGAGCAUGUCUCCACGUAACCAGUGUGUGAUGGUAGGACUUGCUGCCAAGAGACUUUCAUGGGUGUUCACAUCUAACCAGCUGGUUGCCCAGGUGUAUAAACUGGAUAAGAAGAGUGCCGGGGAGAACUCAAUGAGGCAUGUCAGUGAUGUAUUUCACCCGUGUGAUAUGGACAUCCGUACACAUGUGAGUGUCAACUCGGCCCGAUGGCUACGUGGAGUUGGGGAAGGUUUGGUGUAUGGCACCAACAGGGGAGACCUGCACAUCUGUAGACAUGGAGUGAAGAAGGCAACUCUUAGAGCUUCUGAGGAGUUUCCUGAAAACUCGGAUAAUACCAACAGUAGUGCAGGUCGGGAAGGUUCAUCAAUAAGAAUGAAUCUCAUGUCUAUGUUGGGUCUUCCACAGUCUCGCACCAGCAGCAUUGCCACACAGACUCUUACCCGUGGGAUACGCCGCACUGCCGGCACACAGACUGAUGGAAACAGUGAACCAUCAGAAGAUGAAAAUGAAUAAUAUUUUUGUAGCAAUUAUUUUGUAGUUACCACAUUUUCUUUAUCAUACCCAUUUACAGUAUGACAUUGAUGAAUCAAAGAUAUCUCUGUGGUACAGUAAAGAUUUGUUCAUGGUGUAUCAAAGAUAUGUGGUUAUCAAAGAUAUGCUCAUGACCUGUCUAGGAUAUGUACAUGAAGUAUCAAAAUAUAGUUCGUGUACAUCAAAGGCAUGCUAUGUCAAAUAUGUUGAUGUAUUAGAGAUAUAUCUAUGAUGUAUCAAAGGUGUAUAUGGUGUGUCAAAGAUAUGUCUUUGGUGUAUCAAAUAUAUUGAUGUAUCAGAGAAAUAUCCAUGGUGUAUCAGAGAAAUGUCCAUGGUGUAUCAAAGAUAUAUCUGGUCUGUCAAAGAUAUUUUCUUGGUGUGUCAAAGAUUUGUCUUUGGUGUAUCAAAUAUAUUGAUGUAUCAGACAAAUAUCCAUGGUGUAUCAAAGAUAUAUCUGGUGUGUCAAAGAUAUUUUCUUGGUGUGUCAAAGAUUUGUCUUUGGUGUAUCAAAGAUUUGUCUUUGGUGUAUCAAAUAUGUUGAUGUAUCAGACAAAUAUUCAUGGUGUAUCAAAGAUAUAUGGUGUGUCAAAGAUAUUUUCUCGGUGUGUCAAAGAUGUGUCUUUGUUGUAGCAAAGAAAUGUCCAUGGGAUCUGUGUAUAAAACCAUAUCUCAGAGAGGAGAGAAUAUUCAUAUAAUGUGAUUUUAAUGCCACCAUGAAAAACAAUUAAAGCUUUCUUUUCACAUGUGUUCAUAUGUACAUGACAUUCUAAUGGUUAUUCCUUUGUCGGGGUGAGACUGCACGAAAAUAUGAUUGGUGUUAUAAAAAAUUGAAAAUGAAUACUUGUAUAUUCACACUGAAAUAGGGCAAAAAUACUCCUAGUCAUUGUGGUGAUGUACUGGUUUCUUGGAGACUGUAUGUAAUUUGCAGAUACCUUUGCAUGACAGGUUCAUGCUAUGCUGCACUAUGCAUCUACAUUUGCCAAAUCUGAAUUUAAUAGUAGCACCCUUGAAAUAUAGUCAACUGGAUUUGUCCAACCAUGUACAAGGUAAAUCUGGUUAAUGUAACUAAAUAUAGAAUUGCAGUACCCAGGGGUCGUUUAUCAGAUGAUACAACAGCCAAAGUCAAUCUACAAGGAGGUGGUGGGGCAGCCUAGUGGUUAAAGUGUUGGCUCGUCAUGCUGAAGACCUGGGUUCGUUGCCCCACAUGGGUACAAUGUGUGAAGCCCAUUUCUGGUGUCCCCUGCCCGGACAUUGCUGCAAUAUUGCUAAACGUGACAUCAAACCAUACUCACUCACUCACUCAAACUACAACACCAGUGUUCCAAACUCAGGAGUGCCUUAGAUUCGCUACUGUAGUAUUGGAACCGAAUCACAACUGUUAAUGUUAUGGUUAUGAGAAGGACUCUUUGUUUUCCCACCUAGUACUGAACACUCAAAACCAAGGUUUUACCUGAUGCAUAAUUCCUGUUUUAUUUGACUCAACAGUUUUGUUAAAUACUCCCUAAAUAUUUUCAUAUGAGUCACAGGUGACACCAAAAAAAUUCAAAUAAGUGUUUCUUGAAUCCAAGUAACUUCACCAAAUACAAUAACCAUGCACUGGAUCAGAUAUGAUUUCACAGCUCUUUAUUUAUUUUGAAUUAAUAAUGGAUUUAUGUUUGUAACAAAAUGUUUUCAUUACUCACAAAUU